CUUUCAUUUCGACAUUUCGUUAACGUCUCGCAGCGUUUAACUAAGGCCGUAUACGGAACAAAACGAACGAAAAUUCAGUUUGCAUCACCGGAGCUAAAAUGCAUCCUCAAGCACCGUCGUUCGCUGCCUCACCCGCCGAUCGUCGGCUGGAGCUUCUCGCCCGCCAUCUCCACCCGUUAUUAACCGCCGCCAACGCUCACAAUGGUAACCAGACCGUUUCGGCUUCACCGACUUCUGGAUUCUCAGUUUCCGACUCUGUCUUCAAUCACGUCGUUCGAGCUCCCGAAGAUCCUAUUCUCGGCGUCACUGUUGCAUAUAAUAAAGAUCCCAGCCCUGUGAAAUUGAAUUUGGGAGUCGGUGCUUAUCGGACUGAGGAAGGAAAACCACUUGUCCUGAAUGUAGUAAGGAAAGCAGAGCAGUUACUAGUUAAUGACAGAUCUCGGGUUAAGGAGUACCUACCGAUUACUGGUUUGGCAGACUUCAACAAAUUGAGUGCGAAGCUGAUACUUGGCACUGAUAGUCCUGCAAUUCGAGAGAACAGGGUGACAACUGUGCAGUGCUUGUCUGGUACAGGCUCAUUAAGGGUUGGAGCUGAAUUUUUGAAUCGACAUUAUCAUCAACACAUUAUCUACAUUCCCCAGCCAACAUGGGGAAAUCACCCAAAGGUCUUUACACUGGCAGGUUUGUCAGUAAAGACUUACCGAUACUAUGAUCCAACAACUCGUGGACUCAAUAUUCAAGGCUUGCUGGAAGACCUUGGAUCUGCUCCUUCAGGGGCAAUUGUUCUUCUGCAUGCAUGUGCUCAUAACCCCACUGGAGUUGAUCCAACUUCUAAUCAAUGGGAACAAAUCAGGAAGUUGAUGCGAUCAAGAUCAUUGUUACCUUUCUUUGAUAGUGCUUACCAGGGUUUUGCAAGUGGAAGCCUGGAUGAAGAUGCACAGUCUAUUCGGAUGUUCGUUGCUGAUGGAGGUGAAUGCCUUGUUGCUCAGAGUUAUGCAAAGAAUAUGGGUCUCUAUGGUGAAAGGGUUGGAGCUCUAAGCAUUGUAUGCAAGAAUGCUGAUGUGGCUAGCAGGGUUGAGAGUCAAUUGAAACUAGUGAUCAGGCCAAUGUAUUCAAAUCCACCUUUGCAUGGUGCAUCUAUUGUGGCCACAAUCCUCAAGGACAGAAACAUGUUUCAAGAAUGGACGGUUGAACUCAAAGCAAUGGCUGAUCGCAUCAUCACCAUGCGCCAUCAGUUGUUUGAUGCUUUACGUGCCAGAGGUACACCCGGUGACUGGAGUCACAUUCUCAAACAGAUAGGAAUGUUUACUUUCACUGGACUUAAUACGAAACAAGUUGCCUUCAUGACCAAAGAGUACCAUAUCUACAUGACAUCAGAUGGACGAAUUAGCAUGGCGGGACUGAGUUCCAGGACAGUCCCACACCUAGCAGAUGCAAUUCAUGCUGCUGUCACUCGCGGUGUUUGAGUUGCAUAAUGCCAAGCUAUUUUCUUUAGCCAGCAGUUCUAAAGUUUUUCAUCGUGUAAGCCUCUUUAAAUUUAAAUGCAUUGGAACAUUCGUCUCUUCAUAUAAUAAUGUAGGUUAUAUAAUAAGGGCAUGAGAACUCAAAUAUUGUAGUGCAAUUCAAAUGAUGCAAGAAAUGUCAUAAAAUGAAAUAAACUUUAUCCAAUUAAUGUAUAAAUUGUCAUAUUGGUGAUUUGGUGUU